CAGUCAGCUGUUGGAGAGAAGGUUUUUUUUUUUACUGAUUUUAGGAUCUUUUUCAUAGAAGUUUUAUUUUUUUGUUUCCGUUUGGAGUCAAAGUUCCUCCGCGGACGCGGAACCUGCUGCAGAGCGCCGUCCUGGGAACAUUUGUGUCUCCUAAAGAAAAGUUUUCGGUCUGUCCUGGAACAGCUGUCAGAAUGAGCCUGAACGAGCACUCCAUGCAGGCGCUCUCCUGGAGAAAGUUGUACUUGAGCCGAGCUAAGCUGAAAGCCACCAGCCGCACCUCGGCUCUCCUGUCCGGUUUCGCAAUGGUUGCCAUGGUGGAGGUACAGCUGGAGCAGGAGGAUACGUAUAAGUAUCCCCCAGGGCUGCUGGUCGCCUUCAGCGCCUGCACCACCGUUCUGGUCGCCGUCCAUUUGUUUGCCCUCAUGAUCAGCACCUGCAUCCUCCCCAAUCUGGAGGCUGUCAGUAACGUUCACAACCUCAACUCAGUCAACGAGUCUCCCCAUGAGCGCAUGCACCGCUACAUAGAACUGGCCUGGGCCUUCUCCACAGUCAUCGGCACCCUGCUCUUCCUGACUGAGGUUAUGCUCCUGUGCUGGGUGAAGUUCCUGCCGCUCGAUAGCAACAAAGGGGGAAAAAAUGCCACCAUCAGCUCCGGCAAGGCGGCGGCCAUCGCGUCCACCUGCAUAAUGGUGCCGUUCGGAAUUGUCUUCAUCAUCUUUGCUGUCCACUUCUACCGCACACUUGUUAGCCACAAAACAGACCGGCAGAUCCGAGAGCUGGACCAAGUCAUUCAGCUCCAGAAACUGCUGAAUCACAGGGCUGAGAACGACGAGCUGAAGACUGCCCAAGAUUUUGCCUAACUGUUACCCACUCAUCUAGAGUUCCCUUUUAAAGGCUUCAUUUCUGUGUUGGUAGAAUGUGUCAGAAGUGUUUGAAUGUAGGAGCACCACCCGAGGAACGCUGCAUGUCACGGCUCCGACUUUCGCUAUUUAUUUGCAUGUUUACGAAACUUGCUUUACUUUUAUAUGGCAGGGAAUUGAUAUCAGUCGGCAACAUCCUUGACCUUUGAGUUCAGACCUCAAAAGCACUGCUGUAUUCGGGUGAAUAGUCCACUUUAUUGCUUUAAUAUAAAGACCUCUGCUUUAUUAUUAUUAUUCUAGCAGCCAUUUUGUUUAUUUAUAAGUGACUGUAUCUUCUACUUUGAGUGUCUAAUAGUUGAUGAGGGAAAGCUCAAUGUCGGAUUUUAAUGUGAACAUGUGCUCUUUUGAAUA